CUGCGGUAACAUCAUUUCAUAAACAGUCUCGUUUGAAUAGCAGGAGCCUGUUCGCCUUUACUAUAUAAAGCAGCACAGACACUGACCAGCAGAUAUUUGCCGGGUGAGGACUAUGAGGGCAGCAGCCACCUCCAUGCCCAGGUUAGAUAAAAUGCCAGGAAUGUUCUUCCCUGACAAUCCAAAGGAACUGAAAAGAACUGACCACUCUCUUCUAGAGGACAAAAGACAAAAAAGGAGGCCAAAGACUUUUGGAAUGGAUGUGAAAGCAUACUUGAGAUCUAUGAUUCCACAUCUGGAAUCUGGAAUGAAUCCUUCUAAAUCCAAGGACAUACUCUCUGCUAAUGAAGUAAUGCAGUGGUCCCAAUCUUUGGAAAAACUUCUUGCCAACCAAACUGGUCAAGAUGUCUUUGGAAAUUUCCUGAAGUCUGAGUUCAGUGAGGAGAACAUUGAGUUCUGGUUGGCUUGUGAAGACUAUAAAAAAACAGAGUCUGAUCUUUUGCAUUGCAAAGCAGAGAAAAUAUAUAAAGCAUUUGUGCACUCAGAUGCUGCUAAACAAAUCAACAUUGACUUUCGCACUCGAGAAUCUACAGCCAAGAAGAUUAAAGCGCCAACCCCCACGUGUUUUGAUGAAGCACAGAAAGUCAUAUAUACUCUUAUGGAAAAGGACUCCUACCCCAGAUUUCUCAAAUCAAAUAUUUACUUAAAUCUUCUCAAUGACCUUCAGGCUAAUAGUCUAAAGUGACCAGUUCCUGGCUGGAGGGGAUUCCAGAUGGCAUCACUUACAGAGGGACUGUGCCGGAACGACUCCCUUGGGGGAUGGUGUGGCCUUUUUGGGUGACUGGACAGGCCCAGGGGAAUAACAAAUGACUCAGGAUGGAUGAGCAGGACAGUUGUCUGGGUUCAGGGUUGAAGAAACAUGAGCAGGAUAAAACCUGGAUGUGGAAGGAAGAGGAUGCUGUGGUACCAUCGUCAACACAGGGACCCACACACAAGAAAACCCCCUGAACCGAGGUGACCCAGUAACUCCAGUCACACAGAAACUGUGAAUAAAGGUUUUGAAACUGAUUAAAACAUGCUGUACGUUUCAAGAACAAGUUGACAUUGAUGCUGCAUAUUAUAUAGAGACUGUUCUGAGCUGCUGAAAUCUUGAGCUUGGGUGACUCUGAAAAGUAUGUUUUAGACUCACCAUUUGCUGUUAUUGACAGGAUGUUUUUUGGUGUUUUGUUUGGUUGUUUGUGGCUUGAAAGAGAUGAAGAAGAGAACAGUGUAUUUAACUUAAGCUAUUGCUCUUAAAACUGGGAAGCCAGAAUAUAUUUGUAAAUUAAGUUAUCACAGUGUCAAUAAUAAAUAUGAGUUUUGUAUUAAAAAUAUAAAGAAGCAA